CAAGUCACACUUAACGACAAAAGAGAGCAGCAGACAAUAGGAUUGUCUAAGAAUUAAAAUUGUGUGGCUUUGAUAUUUAAGUAGUUUCAAAGAGCAAACGUAAGAUAUUAAAGGGUGCUUUUAAAAGAUUUCUUUUGUUUUUCUUUUGCGCCACUCCCUAUGCCAUUGACCACAUUAGAUUGAAACUGCUUCAGCUUUGGAGCAGAUUCUAAGAGAUGAAGCACUAGCGUUGGUAAGGAUUGAAUCGUAAUUCUUUAAUGCUGUUAUGACAUCUUAUCUCAACCACUGUACAAGUGUUAGCCUUGUGAAUUUCACAUUAUGACACCAUGGUCUAAAAGCAACCCGUGUUAAUUCUGGGAGGAAAAGCGAGAGAGUGCUUUCAAAGUGAAAGCACUCUCUCGAUGGUUGUGAAACAGUGCAUUUCGCUUUUGUAACGUAACAAUAAGAGACAUAUGCCUCCUGAUGUAAUGUGUUAUGGAUCCAUGACGGUAUGACAGUUAACCUACAUACUGUUCUUGUAAAUCUUUCAUAAAUCAAGCCGACAAAUUCAAGUGAACGUGUGAACGUGUGUUUCAGUUAUCUUACUGUAAUCAGUGUUACUAGAUUGUUUCCUUGUUUUGGUUUCCUGUGUUUCUUUCUUUCUUUUGAUAACAGAACUCGACUGACCUCGUGUGCCCUUUUGUCUGGUAUAUUUGGGUCCUCAUGUCUCAUGACAACCUACUAUGAUAGUUUCACACCCCAUUACGCUCAAAAAGCAUUUGAUGACCUAUUUCCUAAGAAAUCAAACAAGAAACCACAUCUGGCUUUUUUGAAUACAUGAGGAAAUAACUUAAAUAAGAAGUGUAAUCUUCAAAAGUGCAACAACUGCAACAAGAGGGGUUUACCAUGGGUCACUGUAAAUUUGAAAAUGGACUAAGACACGACACAUGACCUCAUAUGGUCAUGCUAUUUAGGCUAAAGCUCUUACAUUUGCUGAUUUUGUUAAGUUUUUAGAAAACUUAAACAUGACUCAAUUUGACUUUCAUCUGCUUUAAAUAUUUUUUUUUUGUAUUUAAUUUGUGUGUGAAAUACAGAGCAACAACUGAACUAAACAAAACAUUGGUUGAUUGAAUAUUCAAACAUAAAAUUCAACCAUCCCAAUGUAAUUUUGUAUGUUCAAGUUCAAAGAGGUUGAAAUUAUAAUAAUAUGAACAGCAUUAAGGAUUAUAUUAUAUGCAUGUGUUAGGUGAAAUAAAUAAGUUGUGUAGAAGUUGUAGUUUAAGUUGUAACUUUAACGGAAGUAAAAAACAGAUGAUGGAAACUAUGUGUCUAACUACCAGAUUUCUAGGAAAGCUCGUCAUACACUUUAACCACAACCAAAGUGAAAUCAUUUAUUGUUUUCAAAAUAAACUGGUGAAUUCACUUUAAGUUGUUUUGAUAUGUUGAAUUCACUUGUAAUGGGGUAUUUAUAAAACGUUUUGCAGUUGUAGUGUGAUAUUCAUUCUAUGUAAAUAUCAUUUAUAAAACCACAACAGUUUCGUCUUGGUCUCUAUGACGGUAAAGGCUGGCGUGAGCUGUGAACUGGAGAACAACAGCCUUCUUUACAACGUCCACAAUAGGGCUAAAGCGCCAUCUGCUGUAAAACGAAUGAAAUGAUUAGUUCAAGAUUAGUCAAUGGCGUACGUGAACUGCGUAUAACGCCUAUUCUCAUAGAUCACGUGGUACACUGGAACGUAGAAGCUCCUUGGUAACCACGCAAGCAUUGGAACGAACGACCGAUUGACAAACAAAAUUUGGCCUCAUGGAAUGAGUAACAAAAGAGGCUCAGGAUUACGGAGUUGAACGGAACACGCGUGAAAAAUGCCCGGUGGUUCAGAUGACGUACGGAAGAAAUUUAUCCUGACCACGAGUGAAAACUUCUAUGGGCUGAAGCCUUCAUCAGCUCUGGUUGACUGCAAAGAGCUCAAUAACUUCUUGGACGAUGGAAAUCAAUUCAUUCUCUCUGUCAGCAUACGUGACACUGUCCUGCUCUUGUCAGAUAAGAUUGAUGCUGCAGGUGAUGGCAAAGAGAAGGUGUUGGUGUUCUUCAAGCUCCAUCCCACAGUGAUCACUGAAGAAAACCUCCACAGGAGCCUUCUGGUGUCGUCCAUGAUAGAGUCUCCCAUCAACACUCUCUACCAGGCUGUCAAACAGGUCUUUGCACCGGUUCUGCUUAAAGAUGAGCGUUGGUGCUCAACAUUUGACCCCAAGUUAGCCUCUCUGCUAAGUGACCUGGAGCUGGGCCUGGCCUCAGUGGUGCGCCAGUCUGGAGUGAAGCCAUCUUCCAAAACCAGAUGCACAGAGGAGGAUGUUCUUGGUAUCCUUACUCCUAAUGAUGAGUUCGAGUACUGGAAAGAUUUAUCCAAAUCAGCAGAAAAGAACAGUGUGAGAGAAAGAGCAGCGUACUUCAGUGAACUGUUCAAAACUCUACAAAAAGAGUAUGAAGGUCUGGAUGGUUUGUCCAUAUCUGAUGUGGUGGAUCUGGUGGAGCACAGCAGAGAAACUCUGGACGAUGUUUGGCGGCAGACUGAUUUUGACCCCUAUUUGGAAACACGCAUGGUUCGACUCAUGGACGUCGUAGGUGGAGCUCUGGGACGGUAUGUGCAGCGGAAACUGAGUGAUCUGAAGAUUUUUGAGGAAUCAUUUGUGUCACUGAGGGAGACUCUACGAAUGGCUGUCGCCAUCUGUGAGCAGUGGGUGGUUGCCUGUGAACACCUCACAGGACAGGUAUGGAAGCGACAUGCACCCCACGUCUGGAAGGGAAACAAACAUUGCCCUCACAGUCUUGAGUCUCUGGGAAAGAGAUUAGAUGAGGUGGUAACUCUGCGUAUGGUUCAUGAGAAACUCUUGCGUUUGUUGCCAGCAGGAAAGCAGCAGGCUUUGACAUUAGAUCGUGUGUUUGAACCCUUUUCUGGACUAAAUCCUCUCCUCUACAACCCUUACACUGAGCCGCUCUGGAGGGCAGCAGUGGCUCAGUUUGAGCGUCUAAUGGCUCCGUCAGAACAAGAGGUAGCUGGCAGACUAAAAAGCUACAUCGCACAUGUGCAAGAUAACCCUCAACAGUUGUUGCAGGUGUUUCAAAAGCACAAGGAGUUAAUCAAACGCCCGACUAUUGGUAAAGAACUGCAGUCGGAGAGAGAGACCAUGCAGGCCAGACUCCUGGAGUACAACAAGGGUCUAAAAACAGACUUUGAGACUAGGUGUCAUGGUGGCCCUGGAGAAAAAUCUGGGCCGCUUAUGGGAAGGAAUCUUCCAGAAGUUGUCAACAAAAUUGUAUGGGUUCGGCAGCUCAUACACAAGGUUGAGGACUCUGUUCGCAUCGCUGAGGCGCUGCUGUCGGACCUGUCCAGUUUCAAAGGAUUUGUGCGUUUCUGCGAUGACCUGCUGGAAGUUCUCAGAGCGUUUGAACAGGAGCAGUUUGAAGACUGGUCACGAGAGAUACUGUCUGGAUUGGCUGAUCCCAAAUCGGGAAUCAGCCUCCAGGCCAGUAACCGUGUCAUGGAGCUGGAUCAUGUGGACGGCAGACUGAAGAUCCAGUAUUCAGACAGACUGGUCAGUCUGCUCCGUGAGGUCAGGCAGCUCUCUGCUCUGGGCUUUCCCAUUCCAGCUAAGAUACAACAGGCUGCUAAUACUGCGGAUCAUUUUUACAGACAGGCCGUUGUCCUGAAACAGGUGGCCCACUUCUACAACACCAUUGACCAGCAGAUGAUUCCUUCCCAGAGACCCAUGAUGCUUAAUCUUGCGUUGUCCUUUGAGCAAGUCAUCAAAAAUACUCGCUCACAGUCGAAGGAAUCAGGGGGUAAACUGCAGAUCACCUGGGACAACCCCAAAGAAUUGGAAGUCUACAUUUCAAAGUUGCAGUCGGCCGCCGAAAAACUUUCCACAGAGAACAGAAAGCUACGCAAGUGGCACACGGACUUCAUUGACAAGGUUGUGACACUGAUGAAUGUUGACCUGCUGAGACAUCAGCAGCGCUGGAAGGACGGCCUCCAGGAGCUGCGCAUGGGCUUUGCCACUUUAGAAGCGCAGGGCUUCCGGUCUGAUGACAUGCAGGCGUGGCGUCAGCACUGGAACCACCAACUGUACAAAGCUCUUGAACAUCAGUACCAGAUGGGACUGGAAGCCCUGAAUAAAAACCUGCCUGAAAUACACAUCGACCUGACUUUCAGGCAAGGUCGUUUGAAGUUUCGUCCGCCCUUUGAGGAGGUACGAGCACGCUACUUCAGGGAAAUGAAGAGGUUCAUCUCCAUACCGAACCAGUUCAAAGGCGUCAGCGACUGGGUGGUUCUCGGACAAGUGGAUUUAGAGACGUUGGUGGAGAAGCACUUGCACUCUCGUCUGCCCAGUUCCGAGAAGGUUGACUGUAUUACUGUCAACUGUGAGCCGGUGAAAGCCGCCAUUGAUGAUCUGAUCCAGAGGCUGUUUGAUCUGCUGCUCACGUCACUCAGGAAGUCAGUACAAGGCCACACACAGGCCAUAGACAGUUAUGUGUCAGAGUCAAUGGAGGCCUUGUCAAUUCGACCAGAGAGCAUGGAGGAGAUAGGUGCAGCCAGUGGCAAAUACACUCAGAUCCUGAAGGGCAAAACUGAGAUCUUGCCUCAGUUUCAGUUCGCUGAGGAGAAGAACCGCUUGCUGCGAGCCGUGGCCGGGGCCGGUCUGGACUCAUUGUCUUCUCUCAGAGCCAAGUGGGACAAACUGGAGCUUGUCAUGGAAAGUCAUCAGCUCAUGAUCAAGCUCCAGGUGGAGGUCAUGAGAAGCAAUGCCGCUGGCCGUAUUGACUCCUACAUGGCCGAGUUGCAGCGGUUCAAGGCCCGCUGGGACCAGCUGAAGCCCAAAGAUGAGAUGCUGGAGAAUGGUAAUCAUGCUGCUCUGCUCACAUGUCUCCAGACCAUCAGGGACAAACAGCAGGAGUUUCAGGAGCUGGAGCUCAUUCGCAACAAACUAAUUGAAGAUUGUGGUUACUUUGACCUGGAAACUCCGGACUUCUCCCUUGCAGAAGAAACAAAGACAGAUAUGGAGGAGUACAGUCAGAUGUGGGGUCUCUAUGAGGAAUGGCAUCGGGGAUUUAUGGAGAAAGCUCAGGAAGACUGGAUCACAUUCAGGAGUAAGACGUAUGUGUUCGAGGAGUUUCUGUUUUCGUGGCAAGACAGACUUCGGAAGCUGCAACAGCCGACGGCCAUGUCGGUUAAAUUACAAGCUGAAGUGGACAAAUACAAGAACGCGAUCCCGGUGCUGAAGUAUGUACGAGGUGAGCACCUGUCCCAGGAUCAUUGGCUGGACAUGUUUCGUCUGCUGGGUCUCCCAAGAGGGACGACGUUGGAGAGACUCACCUUUAAUGAUCUCCUGAGCGUAGCAGACACCAUCAUAGAAAAGGCUGUGGAACUCAAGGACUUGAACAGCAGGGCCCAGGCCGAGGUGACCAUCAGAGAAGCGUUGAGGGAGCUGGACCUGUGGGGGGCUGCGGCCACCUUCACUCUGACUGAGUACUCAAGCAGCAGUGGUCAGACUCUAACACUCAUCAAGGACUGGAAGGACAUAAUCAACCAGGUUGGCGAUAAUCGCUGCCUGCUGCAGUCCCUGAAAGACUCCCCCUACUAUCGCAGCUUUCAAGACAAGGUCAGUCUGUGGGAGGUCCGUCUCUCGGACUUGGAUGAGUAUCUUCUGAGUCUGAACGCCAUCCAGAGACGUUGGGUUUAUCUGGAGCCUAUAUUUGGGAGAGGGGCGCUGCCCCGAGAGGAGGCACGCUUCCGAAGAGUCGAUGAAGAUUUCAGGACCAUCAUGUUGGACAUUAAAAGGGACAACAGAGUGGUUUCUCUGAGCUCCAGAGCUGGCAUCAGAAACUCUCUUGUCAACAUACUGGAUCAACUGCAGCGCUGCCAGAAGUCACUCAAUGAGUUUUUGGAGGAGAAGCGCUCUGCCUUCCCGCGGUUUUAUUUCAUAGGAGAUGAUGACCUUUUGGAAAUCCUCGGACAGGCGACAAACCCAACAGUCAUCCAGUCACACCUGAAGAAACUUUUUGCUGGUAUCCACAGUGUUGUGUUUGAUGAGCCCUGCCGCAGUAUUGUGGCUAUGUGUUCUCUGGAGGGAGAAACAGUACCGCUCAGAAACCAUGUUCACAUCUCAAGCAACGUGGAGAUUUGGUUAAAGGAGCUGUCGGUGGAAAUGAAGGAGACUCUGAAGCAGCUGUUGCAUGAGUGUGUGUCACUGGGGAAGAAAGGAAAUGUGGAUCCUUCACGCUACCCAUCACAGGUUCUGUGUCUGGCCGAGCAAAUCCAGUUUACUGAGGAUGUGGAACGGGCUCUGAAAGAGCACAGUCUGCAGCAGCUGGAGCUGGAGCUCGGUGCAAAAUUAGAGCAGUACACAACAGUGGACACGAGCUCUGGGGAGCAGGUUAAUUCAGAGUCCAGUGUCUUGCAGCUGAAGCUGAAGGCCUUGAUCUUGGACAUUAUCCAUAACAUCAGUGUGGUGAAGCAGCUGAACCAGACGCAGGUUACCGGUCCUGACGCCUGGGCCUGGAAGAAGCAGCUCCGCUUCUACAUGGGACCAGAUAAAAGCUGCCACAUACAGAUGGUUGACGCACAGUUCAGCUACACGUACGAAUACCAGGGGAAUGCAGCUAAGCUGGUGCACACUCCACUGACUGAUAAGUGCUACUUGACCCUGACCCAGGCCAUGAAGAUGGGCCUGGGGGGAAACCCCUACGGACCUGCUGGCACAGGAAAAACCGAGUCUGUCAAAGCUCUCGGAGGACUGUUUGGACGUCAAGUGCUGGUGUUUAACUGUGAUGAGGGUAUUGAUGUGAAGUCAAUGGGCAGAAUCUUUGUGGGUUUAGUGAAGUGUGGCGCAUGGGGCUGCUUCGAUGAGUUUAACCGUUUGGAGGAGGCAGUUCUGUCUGCAGUUUCCAUGCAAAUCCAGGCCAUCCAAGACUCUCUCAAGCACCACAAAAACACAUGUGAACUGCUGGGGAAGGAGGUCGACUUGGAUCCAAACUCUGGGGUCUUCAUCACACUGAACCCUGCAGGAAAAGGGUACGGAGGUCGACAGAAGCUUCCGGACAACUUAAAGCAGCUGUUCAGACCCGUGGCCAUGAGUAGACCAGAUAACGAGCUCAUCGCUGAGGUUAUCCUCUACUCUGAGGGCUUCAAAAGUGGUGCGAUACUGGGACAGAAGUUAGUGGCGAUCUUCAACCUUGCCAGGGAGCUGUUAACUCCCCAGCAACACUACGACUGGGGUCUGCGUGCUCUGAAGACGGUACUGAAGGCCUGUGGAAGUCUCCUGCAUCAGCAGCAGAGAAAAAGUCACAACAAGGACCAGAUCCAGGAGAGCGGUCUGGUUGUGCAGGCACUGAGACUGAACACCAUGUCGAAGCUGACAUUUGCUGAUUGCUCUCGAUUUGACUCCCUGGUCAAAGAUGUUUUCUCUGGCGUUAACUUCAUGGAGGUGGAGGAUCAGAUUCUCACCCAUGCACUGGAGCAGGUUUACAAAGAGGCUCGACUCGAGCUCAUACCCAGUCAGCUGAAGAAGGCCCUGGAAUUGAAUGAACAGUUACGGCAACGAAUGGGUGUGGUCAUCGUAGGACCCAGCGGAGCGGGGAAGUCUACGCUGUGGAAAAUGCUCCGGGCUGCUCUCACCAAGACGGGCAAAGUGCUGAAGCAGUACACAAUGAACCCCAAGGCCAUGCCCAGGCAACAGCUCCUUGGACAUAUAGACAUGGACACCAGAGAGUGGGCUGAUGGUGUUCUCACGCACAGCGCAAGGAAUGUGGUGAAAGAACAACACGAUGUGAGCUCGUGGAUUGUGUGUGACGGUGACAUUGACCCAGAGUGGAUCGAGAGUCUGAACUCCGUGCUGGAUGAUAAUCGACUGUUAACCAUGCCCAGUGGAGAACGCAUUCAGUUUGGACCCAAUGUUAAUUUCCUGUUUGAGACCCACGACCUCAGCUGUGCCUCACCGGCCACCAUCUCUCGCAUGGGCAUGAUCUUUCUCAGCGAUGAGGACAUUGAUGUCGCUGCCCUGGUGAAGUCAUGGUUGAGGAAUCAACCAGGGGAAAGUUGCAGCAACCUAGAAAACUGGCUGGGAGACUACUUCCAACGAGCACUGGACUGGGUCAACAAACAAAAUGAUUUUGUCGUGGAGACCAGUCUGGUGGGAACAGUAUUCAACGGUCUGUCUCACCUCAGCGCUGUGACGGAGCGAGGUCAAUUCAUUGUCGGACUCUUAAGGGGAUUGGGAGGAAAUCUCAACUUCAAAACACGACAGGAGUUCGCCAAAGAGCUGCUGAGCUGGGCGAGGGAGAAUCCACCAGACCCCCGCAAACCAUUAGACAUCACCUACGACCCUGACAGCGGCCACUUAGCAGCCUAUGUUUUCCACCGUCCUGAUGGUCUAACGCUGGAGCAGCUCUCUCACACACACACACUUCCUGUGGUAGAGACUGCAGACAUGCAGAGAGGUCUUCACUGUUUCUCCCCAUGGCUCACUGCUCAGCACAGACAGCCCUUCAUGGUGGUUGGGCCAGAGGGCUGUGGAAAAGGCAUGCUCCUGCGCUACGCCUUCUCUCGCCUGCGUUCCACUCAGGUGGCCGUGGUUCACUGCAGCGCUCAGACCUCAUCGCGCCAUGUCCUACAGAAGCUGGGUCAGACCUGCCUGCUGCUCAGCUCCAACACUGGUCGAGUGUUCCGACCAAAAGACUGUGAGAGCCUGGUCCUCUACCUGAAAGACAUCAACCUGCCCAAACCGGACAAAUGGGGAACUAGCAACCUGAUCGCCUUCCUGCAACAAGUCUUGACAUAUAAGGGGUUCUAUGAUGAAAAUCUGGAGUGGGUCAGCCUGGAGAACAUUCAAGUGGUAGCUUCUAUGUCAACAGGUGGUGCUGUUGGAAGCCAUUCCCUUACCUCUCGCUUUUCCUCUAUUGUGCGCAUUUGCACCAUUGACUACCCAGACAGAGAGCAGCUGCAGACUAUCUAUUCAGCAUACCUCCAACCAGUUCUCCAACACAGCCUGGGUGGCCAGGCAGCCUGGGCCAGCACUGGAAAAACGCACCAGCUGGCUGGUUCUCUCGUUCAGCUUUAUGAACAGGUAAAGGCCAAGUUUACAGUAGAUGACCACAGUCAUUACCUGUUCACCCCCUGUAUUCUGACAGAAUGGGUCCUCAGUCUGCUGCGAUAUGACCUCGCUGCAGCUCAGUCUAAUGUGACAGACAGUGUGUUGGAGGUGGUGGCCUACGAGGCCAGGAGGCUGUUCAGAGAUCGGCUGGUUUCCUCCAAAGAUCGCCACACCUUUGACAACUUCCUGUCUUCCAUUAUACGGGGAGACUGGAGCUCGGAUGUCUUAGACAACGUGACCGAUGGUUUCUAUGUCACAUGGGCGGCCUCAGAGGGAGCUGUGAUGGCUCCGGGCCAGUCACUACCUCCUCAUGGUAAACAACUGGGAUGUCUGGAUUCUGCUGACCUAAAAGAAAUCAUUCAGAAGGGCGUGACACUGUACAGCCGUGAUAACAGGGAGCUGGAUCUCCUCCUCUUCAGGGAGGUGUAUGACUUUGUGUCCCGCGUGGAUCGGGUCCUAAGCAGACCUGGUGGCUCUAUGCUGCUGGCGGGCCGCAGCGGAGUUGGGCGGCACACCGUGACGAGCCUGGUGUCGCACAUGCACGGAUACACAUUGUUCACACCCAAAAUGCCUCGCGGUUACUCUCUGAAGCAUUUCAGCAAUGAUCUCAAGACGGUGAUGCAGCUGGCAGGUCUGGAGGGUCAUCAGGUCGUUCUGCUGCUGGAAGAUUAUCAGUUUGUCCACCCAGCUUUCUUAGAGAUGGUCAACAGCCUGUUGUCAUCAGGUGAAGUUCCAGGCUUGUACUCACCAGAAGAGCUGGAGCCUCUUCUCUCCCCUCUGAAAGAUUCUGCCUCCCAGGAUGGAUUCAAUGAGCCGCUGUACAACUACUUCUCACACAGGAUCCAGCAGAACCUUCACAUUGUUCUCAUCAUGGAUUGCUCCAACUCUAACUUCACCAUCAACUGUGAGAGCAACCCAGCUUUCUACCGCAAGUGCUCAGUCCAGUGGAUGGAAGGAUGGACAGAGAGCAGCAUGAAGAAGAUCCCUGAGCUGCUUCUUGAAAGGACGAAUGGAGUAGGCGAGGAAAAUGUAAAAGAAAAAAAUACCAAGGAAGCAGAUUCUGGAUCUGGUCAGGCAGACUUGUGUCGACUGUUCCUAAUGGUCCAUGAGUCAUGUAGGGAACACGGAGCAACACCCAGUCAAUACAUGGCCUUUCUGCACAUUUACACUGCACUGCACAGCCGUAAGCAGAGCCAGCUGACAACAAGACAGCAGCAUUUACAGGCAGGUGUAUCCAAACUGAAUGAAGCUAAAGCGUUAGUUGAUGAGCUAAAGAGACGCGCUGCGGAGCAAAGUGCACUGUUGAAGACCAAACAGCAGGAGGCAGAUUCUGCUCUGCAGGAAAUCACUUCCUCUAUGCAGAAUGCUAGUGAUCAGAAGACAGAGAUGGAGAAGAUUAAAGGGAAGAUGGCUCAGGAAGUGUCAAAGAUUGAAGAGAGGAAAUCCAAAAUUGACGACGAGCUGAAGGAAGUACAGCCUCUGGUAGAUGAAGCAAAACGUGCUGUAGGAAACAUCAAGCCUGAGGCUCUGUCUGAGAUCAGGUCCCUGCGAAUGCCCCCUGAUGUCAUCAGGGACAUCCUGGAGGGGGUGCUGAGACUGAUGGGCAUCUUCGACACCUCUUGGGUUAGCAUGAAAAGCUUUCUGGCUAAACGCGGCGUAAGAGAGGACAUAGUUACUUUUGAAGCCAGCAACAUCACCCCGGAGAUUCGCCAGAGUGUGGAGGAGGUUCUCAACAGGAACAAAGCCUCCUUUGACCCCAAGAAUGCUAAGCGUGCGAGUGCAGCAGCUGCUCCACUGGCUGCGUGGGUCAAAGCCAACGUCCAGUACUCCCAUGUCUUGGAGAAGAUAGAGCCGUUGGAGAGAGAACAGGCUGCACUGCUAGAAAACUUGAGGAAAACAGAAAACAGGAAGAAUAAGCUGGAGGAUCAGUUAAACUCUGUGGGAGCCAAAGUCAGCGAGUUGAAGGAGAAGUUUCAGUGUCACACAGCAGAGGCGGCAAAGUUGGAGGCCGAGGUGACAAAAGCACAGGAAACCAUUUCUGCGGCACAACAGCUCAUAUCCCAACUGGAUGGAGAACACACUCGGUGGAACAUACAGAUGUCAGAGAUAAAGAAUGAGUUAGAUACACUCCCUAAGCGGGCUAUGCUCGCUGCAGCCUUCAUCACCUACCUGUCAGCAGCUCCUGAAGACCGUAGAAGACACUGUCUGGAGACAUGGAUGGACCAGUCUGGACUACAGAAGUUUGACCUGCGCACAUUCCUGUGCUCUGAGAGCGAGCAGCUGAUCUGGAAGAGCGAAGGGCUGCCCUCGGAUGACCUCUCCAUGGAGAACGCACUGGUCAUACUGCAGAUCAGUGAACUCAAAUUACAGAGUGUUGCCUGUCCGUUCCUGAUUGACCCGUCAUCCAGAGCUACAGAGUGGCUACGCACACACCUGAAACAGCACAGACUGGAGGUUAUCAACCAGCAGGACAGUAACUUCAUGACAUCCCUGGAGCUGGCUGUCAGGUUUGGAAAAACACUCAUCAUCCAGGAGAUGGAUGGAAUUGAACCUGUGCUUUACCCACUGUUGAGGAGAGACUUCAUUGCACAAGGCCCCAGAUACGUGGUUCAGAUCGGAGACAAGGUGAUAGACUACAACGAGGAUUUCCGUCUCUUCCUGGCGACAAGGAAUCCAAAUCCCUUCAUCCCACCUGAUGCUGUGUCCGUGGUUACAGAGGUGAACUUCACCACCACCAGGGCCGGCCUGAGAGGACAGCUCCUAGCCCUGACCAUCCAGCAGGAAAAGCCAGAACUGGAAACCGAGAAAACGAGACUCCUUCAACAAGAGGAAGACAAAAAAAUACAGCUGGCUCAGCUUGAAGAAUCACUGCUGGAGACUCUGGCCACAGCUCAGGGGAAUAUUCUGGAGAACAGGGAGCUCAUCGACAGUCUGAACCAAACCAAGGCAAGCAGUGCCCUCAUACAGGAGUCACUGCUGGAGUCGCACAGGCUGCAGGCUUCUUUGGACCAGGAGCGGGACGCCUACCUACCUCUGGCAGAGAGCGCGAGCAAAAUGUACUUUGUCAUCACCGACCUGUCAAGGAUCAACAACAUGUACCGCUUCAGCCUUGCUGCUUUCCUGCGCCUCUUCCAGAGGGCUCUCCAGGCCAAGAAGGAGGUCGAGAACACUGAGGCCAGGAUUGCCGCACUGGAGGCCAGCUUGAAGAGCAUGGUGUAUGAAUACGUCUGCCGGUCACUUUUCAAGGCUGAUCAGUUAAUGUUUGCCAUACACUUUGUCAAAGGCAUGUACCCCGAGCUCUUCCAGGAGAACGAAUGGGACGUCUUCACGGGGUCAGUUGUGGGAGAAGUAUUUAGGAAAGAAGAGUUCCCAUCUUGGAUUGACCCAGAGAGGCAUGGCGCAAUGGUCGUUUUUAAGACGACGUUCCCGUCUCUGUACCCGUCCCUGUGUUUGAGUGACUCAGACCUUUGGCUGUCCUUCUCACAAAGCUCACAGUGUGAACAGGAAAUCCCAUCAUCCAUUGCCAAGAAGCUUACUCCCUUCCAGCAGCUGUUACUGGUCCAGGCACUCAGACCAGACAGACUGCAGAGUGCUAUGACAGCGUUUGCCUCCCAGGCUCUCGGAAUGAAAGAGCUCUCGCCUCCUCCACUGAACCUGCGGCGCCUCUACUCAGAAACGGUCGAAUGGGAGCCGGUGCUGAUCAUCAUCUCUCCAGGGGCCGAUCCGUCCCAGGAACUUGCAGAGUUGGCCGCAGAGACAGUCGGCAGAGACAACUAUCACGAGAUCUCAAUGGGACAGGGACAGGCUGACGUGGCCUUAGCUACUCUACGAGAAUGUUCCCGGAAUGGAGAAUGGCUCUGCCUGAAAAACCUGCACUUAGUCACUGCGUGGCUGCCCAUUCUGGAAAAGGAGCUAAAUGUUCUGCAACCAAAAGUGGGUUUCCGUCUUUGGCUUACGGCAGAAGUUCAUCCCAAGUUCCCUUCGAUACUGCUGCAGUCCAGCCUCAAGAUCACCUAUGAGGCUCCUCCUGGGUUAAAGAGGAAUUUGCUCAGAACAUACGAGUCCUGGACUCCUGAACAGAUCAGUAAAGGUGGAAUCCUGACCAGAGCUCAGUCUCUGUUCUGUCUGGCUUGGUUCCAUGCUGUCUGCCAAGAAAGACGUAACUUCAUACCACAGGGUUGGACUAAAUUCUACGAGUUCUCUUUAUCGGAUCUGCGAGCUGGGUUUGAGAUCAUUGACAGGCUUUUUGAAGGUGGUAAACAGUUCCAGUGGGACUUCGUGCAUGGCCUGCUGGAGAAUGCCAUCUACGGCGGACGCAUCGACAACCCCUCGGACUUGCGUAUCUUGCGUUCGUACCUUGAGCAGUUCUUCUCAGCGCGCCUCCUCUCCGGCUCUCACUCAGCCGGUCAGAGAAGGGGCCUGGGAACGACGCGCGUCUUUCCAUCUCAGAUCAGCCUUCCUGGUUCUUGUAGUAUACUGGAUUAUCGCAGUGUCAUAGAAAAUCUUCCAGAAGAUGACAGACCAGCAUUUUUUGGAUUGCCGGCCAAUAUAGAGAGAUCAUCUCAGAGAAUCAUCAGCACCCAGGUGAUUUCACAGCUCCGUGUCCUGAGCCGCUCAGUGGCAGCUGGAUUAAAGUUUGACAGAGAGCUGUGGUCAAGCGGACUCUCACCUGUCCUCAACCUGUGGAAAAAACUCAAUCAGGGCUCCUCGCUGAUCCAUCAGAAGGUGGCCCCUCCUGCAGAAGGCCACGGGUCGCCAGUUUUAUCCUUCAUUGCUCUGGAACAGUUCAAUGCCGUACGUUUGGUGCAGAACAUCCACCAAUCCUUGGCUGCUCUGAGUAAAGUCAUCAGAGGGACACAGCUGCUCACUCCUGAAGUCCAAAAAUUGGCCAGUGCUCUGCUCAAUCAGGAGUGUCCUCUGAAGUGGCAGAACAAAUGGGAAGGACCCGAGGAGCCCAUGCAGUAUCUGAGAGCUGUGGUGACACGGGCCCUGGCCAUACAGAGUUGGGUGGAGCGCGGCAGCAGACAGGCCCUUCUGUCCGACACCUUAGAUCUGUCCGAGCUCUUCCACCCCGACACCUUCCUCAACGCCUUAAGACAGGAAACUGCGAGAUCCAUGGCGUGUUCUAUGGACAGUUUGGUGUUUGUCACAACAUGGAGAAGUCCAAUACCACAGGCCAAAGUACAAGUCAAGGUCGGCGGUCUGCAGUUGGAGGGAUGCAGCUUCGAUGGCGUCCAUCUUUGUGAGAAUCAACACAACUCCCCCAGCGUGUCGGCCGUGCCGCAGUGUCACAUGGCCUGGGUUCCAAAGCACUCCGCCGCAGACCUGGCGUCCUCAGAGGAGACGAUCUGGCUGCCUCUGUACAGCAGCUCAGAGAGACUGAAGGUGGUCACACACAUCUGUCUGCCCUGUGGACCACAGCCCAAUCAGUGGAUACAGGCAGGAGCUGCCCUCUUCCUCAAACAGCAGUGAGAAACACGUCAAGACGCGUCAGUGAGGCCGCAGAUUGCAAGUUAGUCAGAGAAAGACACACACAGACAGACACAGACAGACACACUGACAAAGUAAAUAAAGGACCCGAUGGUGAAAAAAGGAUCAAAUUAAAUAUUAGGAAGAGAACUGUACAUUCACUUUAAUAGUCAUGAAAAUGAAAUGUUGAACCAAAGUUGUUUUGUUACACCACUGUAUUUCAGGUUAUGUUAUUUAUUCAAAUUAAAAAGUCCGUGUCACACAGUCAAUCAUCAAAUCAAUCCUCUUUCAGACGUUUACAUUCCAAGUAUAUAUGUAUAUAUAUAUAUGUGUGUGUUUGUUUCAUUUGUUUACAUUUGAAUUUCGAUUUACAAUUGUUUUUCUAACAUUUUUCCUUCAUUCCUCAUAUUUUUAAUAUCUACAUUUUAAAAAAAAACCGAUUAAAGCACGAAAACAAAAUGUCUCUGCGACGUGACAGAUAACCCCCCAGAGAGUUGUUUCUUUAAGCAAAUCUAAAUAACCUGAAGCCAGUUCUCUACAGUACAAUUUGCAUCAACCGUCCUGAGCCUUCUGAGGACACUUCGCAUCCAAAUCUAAAAAUAAACAUUCAAAAUGUGGCUUUCAGUCCCUUCCCUGGAACUGUUCCCAGCGGUAAACCCUCCUUCCAUGCUAAUCUUCCUGCCCUGCAGAGUGAAGCACAGUCUUUUAUUUGCUUCUUUUUUUUUUCAAAAAUGUCCAUUCUCUCUGCAUUUUAAAUCUUCUUGAGAUUCUACAUUUUCCCUGAGCAACAAACUUCCAGAGGGGCGUCACACAGCCCGCGGACUCACCAAAACCCUCCAGCAACUUAGAUUAAUUUUCAAUUGUUUUGUUUUGUUCAUUCAUUAAUUGUACUAAUUCGCAUUAUUGUCUUAUACAGUAUUUUUUAGGUUCAAACCAAAAAGUACGUUUUGUAAAAUAUCAGGAUUUUAUACUGAUAUUUGAUCCUUUUUUUUUAUUUAGCGUCAUCGUCGCCCCCUAGUGAAAUGACACAAACGACAUUUAAUAAUAAAAAAAAAGUCUGCAAAAAAAAACAACAACAAGGGGAUAUAAUAAAUGUACACACCUGUCUACAACUUUUACACAGUAUUAUUCCUCACUGUGACACAUGUCCAAUACUCAUCUUUUCUGCACAUCUCGUUUCACACCAAACAUGCACCACAGGUAUGAAACACCUCCGUGUCACUCCUCACAGAAAAUGCUGCUUGUUGUUUUUCCUUCCAUCUCAUACAGGGCACACACACACACACACACACACACGGCGCCAUUAGCAAACACUCGGAUCGACCCUCACCUCUGUGUGAUUGGUUGUGGGCUGUGACUGACCACAGUCAGUGAAGCUGUGAUGGAUGAACACGGAGAUGAAGGAGCCAGGUGUGGAUGGGUGUUUUUUUUUUAAAGUAUGAAUCCAGAAAGGAGCUUC